UCAAAAGAGAAACGCUUGAAGUUAUUUUUCCUGGGGUAGUAUUUGCUGCAAGAUGUGGGAGCAAAGCCGCCCUGCUCAUUUCAUCAGCGUUGAUAAGCCAUACCAUCUUGCUCAAUGCCUAACCUUGGUGUUGACAAAGAGAAGAAAUUGCUUGGGACUCUGUGUGCAAUGUACAUGUAGGUGUACCUCACGUAACAGACAGGCCAGCAGGGCUUCUGUGCAUCAGGCUAUCGACAGAGCAUUCAAAACAUAACCCUCGCUAUGACCACCCUCGCCCUGAGUUCUUCCUGAUAGUAAAUCACAUCACCACGUGGCCAGUCACCCCACCAUUUCAUAGUCCUCCCCACUUCCUCACUAACACGAGUCUAUUUCCUCAGGGUACACAGUGAAGUGUUAACUCCAGUGUAUAGACAAAAGGCUCUGAAUGAACUUCCAUUUUUUUUUUUUUUUCCACUUCAGGGUGCUAACAGGUAAAUAAAGAUUGCUAUUAAGUAUUCAGAACGGAUACACGUGUCUCCCACGGUGAUUACUCGGUUCAGGAAGUCCGGCUUCCCUCUGAUUUAUAUCUGAAACACGUGGGGUGUGAGAGCAGCCCUGGUGGAGAAACAUGCAGUUAAAUAACUUUUUUAUGAUAGAUUCGCCAAUUCCCCAGCGAUGACUUUAUGGCCAGUGAUGGUCAAUAUAACUUCCCUGGGCUGUCAAAUGAUUAUUCAUACCCCAGAAGCUUUUGGCUGGGGUGCUGUCUAGUGUGGUUAUUUGAAAAACUGCGUGAGAUCCUUGAAGAGAAGGUACGGUGUCUUAGUCUCCUAGUGGGUGGCCCUGUCUGAGAGCCUCGUAAGGACUGGAUGAGCCUGAUGCUCCCUGUUCAUCUCUGCUGAGAGCCACUCACAUCGUUGGACCUGCAUAUGGUGAUCUUGAUAACAAGAUUUUCUGAGGACAAUCACCCAAGACUGUCUUCAGUUGUUACCAGUGAAGAUGAGGAUCCUUGUGCUUCUGCUGUUGUUCCUGUGUGAGACCCAGAGCUGUGCAACGUCAAGGCCAAACUUUGUCCUGCUGAUGGCUGAUGACCUUGGCAUCGGAGAUCCUGGGUGCUAUGGAAACAAGACCCUCAGGACUCCCAAUAUUGAUCGGUUGGCUGAAGGGGGAGUGAAACUCACUCAGCACCUGGCAGCAUCACCCCUGUGCACACCGAGCAGGGCAGCCUUCAUGACAGGCCGGUACCCCAUCCGAUCAGGAAUGGCAUCUCAGUCCAAAGUGGGAGUUUUCCUCUUCUCAGCCUCUUCUGGAGGACUUCCCACCAGUGAGAUUACAUUCGCCAAGCUUCUGAAGAAUCAAGGCUAUUCAACAGCUCUGAUAGGGAAGUGGCACCUUGGGACCAACUGCCACAACAAAACCGACUUUUGUCACCACCCUUUAAGCCAUGGCUUCGAUUAUUUCCACGGGCUCCCUGUGACCAACCUGAGAGACUGCAAGCCCGGAGAAGGCACCGUGUUCACCACAGGCAUCAGGAUGCUGGUCUCUGUCCCUCUUCAGCUCAUCGCCAUCGCUCUCCUCACCCUGGCGGUGCUCAAGUGCCUGGGGCUGCUCCCUACACCUGGCCUCGUCUUCUUCUGCCUUCUCUUCCUGGCCGCCGUGAUACUCGGCCUCGUAGUGUGCUUCCUGUAUUACUUCCGGCCCCUGAACUGCUUUCUGAUGAGGAACCAUGAGAUUACCCAGCAGCCCCUGUCUUACGACCACCUCACGCAGAGGCUGACGGAGGAUGCGGCCGAGUUCAUACGACGGAACGCUGAGACACCGUUUCUGCUUGUCUUGUCUUACCUUCACGUGCACACGGCCCUCUUCUCUUCCAAGGAUUUUGCCGGCAAAAGUAAACACGGCGCUUAUGGGGACACUGCCGAGGAAAUGGAUUGGAGUGUUGGGCAGAUCUUGAAUGUUCUAGAUGAGUUGAGACUGGCUAAUAACACCCUCAUCUACUUCUCAUCAGACCAAGGAGCACAUGUAGAAGAAGUGACCACAAGAGGAGAAGUCCAUGGAGGAAGUAACGGAAUCUACAAAGGGGGGAAAGCAAACAACUGGGAAGGAGGUAUCCGGGUUCCAGGCAUUCUUCGUUGGCCGGGAGUGAUACCGGCUGGGCUGGAGAUUGACGAGCCAACGAGCAACAUGGACAUAUUUCCUACUGUGGCCAAACUUGCGGGAUCACCUCUGCCUGAAGACAGGAUCAUUGAUGGACGUGACCUGAUGCCCCUGCUUCAGGGGAAAAGCCAACGCUCGGAUCAUGAGUUUCUCUUCCAUUACUGCAACUUCUACCUAAAUGCUGUGCGCUGGCACCCACGGAACAGCACGUCCAUCUGGAAAGCCUUUUUCUUCACACCCAAGUUCACCCCUGAGGGCGCCAAUGGAUGCUUUUCCACACACGUGUGUUUCUGUCACGGGGAUUACAUCACCCACCAUCACCCGCCUUUACUCUUUGAUAUUUCCAAAGAUCCAAGAGAAAGAAACCCAUUAACUAUGACGACCGAGCCCCGGUUCCAGGAAAUCCUGGAAGCUAUGCAGCAAGCUGCAGAUCACCACACCAAGACCCUGCAAGAGGUCCCCAAUCAAUUGUCACUGGGAAACAUUGUCUGGAAGCCAUGGCUUCAGAUGUGUUGUUCCUCCUCCGGCCUGUCUUGCCAGUGCGACCAAGAAAAACAAGACAGAACAGUGAGCCAUUAGCCAUUGUGCGUCUGGGGAUGAGACAGACGCUCGGUGCCCGCUCCAGCUCCUUCGUUACAAACGCACACUGGGAGUGGCACUGGGUGAAGCCAGCUCUGUCAGCACCUUAGAUCGGGGUCGCUUCUCUAUCCUAUCAGCUGAAGGCUCAAUCAAGAGCCCACAGUUAGCCCAUGGGAAAAAAUCAAGGUUUGCAGUGUAUAGAGAGACAGAUGUUAGACUUAGGCCUUCCGAGGCCAGAGUUCUUGGAUUCAUGUAAAUGCUUUAGAGGGGGUUCAAAUGAGUACGUCCAACACCAGGGUAGACGGAUAGUAGGAAGGUGCAGAAGGUAAGCUGUUCAGCCCUCAGCAAAUGCCUGUGAUCAGCAGUAUAAGGCAUCAUUUAUUCCACAAUCUGAUGUGAGGCAGUGGACCACAUGAUUCCCUCAGUGCACCAAUAAAAAAGAAUAAAAUUUAAAAAGUGUUAGUAAAUUUUAACAUAUGCAACUUUAUAAUGAAGAAAGGACCAUCUUCUUUACCAAUAAUAGAGGAUGGUAAGUUCCAAUUUAGUUAUUGGAAGGCUAUUACUAUUGGUAUUAUUUAGAACACGUAUUAAAUACUAUUGAAGAUAUCUGUAUUUAUAUAUACACAGUUUAUUUCUUUCCUCGAGAAGGUUAAGAUAUUUAUGAUAUGGAACUAGAAGCUUAUCAGUAUUUAGGUAAAAACAAUAGAAGCUCACAGAUAGAUUUGUUUGUGCAACAGACUUUUUGUGAAAUCCUUCAGGACCAGUAAUCCCAAGACAAAUCUUACCUGCAGAUUUCCAGCCCAUAAUGUGUAGCAUUAUACUUGGUUUCUACUGUUUCUCUGAUGACUGGAAGUUCUGAACUAAAAGGCUGCUUUGGGGCUGCUACAGUGAAAGGGAUCCCUUCCAACGUCAUUCAGAAUCGUUGGCGUGGAAAGUGUGGUAUCUUGUUGGGGGGAGAAGAACCACUCUCAAGCAGUCCAUGAUCCACACACAGAAGGAUGAUAUCUUUAUUUCUUGCAGAAUUUAGUGGUGUGAGAACAGUAGUUAAUGUAAGUAUUUGUGUUGUGUGGUCUUAUCCUGUGGCUGAGAAAUAUCUAUGCUUACAAUCUGCAAUGAGAUGCACAGUUUUGUUUUAAUUCCAGUUCCCCCACCUCAGUAAUUAAGGGACAAGGCACAGCCAGGUCACAGAGGAGAUUGGCUGAGAGUGGCAUGACUGGAGGGAGGGCCAAAGUCUGAACCACCAGCCCUCCCGAGGAAAGAAUUCACCUGCUUGGAGAAGCCUCUUGUCACUCCUUCAGACAGUGUCCGUCCUCCAACACUAUCAUGUAGAUUCCUUUAGUGAUCCGUCGAGAGGAGCUGCCAUCCACCUGCCUACCCAUUCAUCUCGUCUGUGAAUGUGUCUGAGCAUCGCGUCUCAGCCCAGCAUUCAUUCAAUUCCAUGAGAGUGCAGACAACUGGGCCCCCUAGACCCCGAGUGGCCGUGUGGAGAGAACGUGCACUGCAUCAUAGGCUGUCUGACAGUGGACUCUAAUUUCCUCUGUUUCUCCCUGAAGAAUUUCCAAGAUCCACCAGCAUUUCCCCAGUUCCUCUUUAAGAUCUGCUAGUUCAGAUUUUAAUCUUUGUUUUCUUUUUCUUAAAAAGUAGAAGUGAUCCCCACCCCCACCCCAGGAAUGGUUGAACGUUGGAAAGCAGCCAGGAUUCUUACUUCUGGUGUGGAUUUCUCAUUCCAGAAAUUGCCCCAAAUGUGUCCUAUUGUUUUAGGAAAUAUUCUUGUUAAAGAGUGUACCAGCAUGUUAAUAAUGUAUUAGGAUUAUUGCUGAUAUUGUUGUGCAAAAACUAUUUGAAGCCACUAUGAGGAACGUAUGUUUUAAGAUGAUCAUGUUUACUCACAAUUUAACAGAUUCAAUGCAAAUGGACUUUCAGAAAACACUUGCUGACGUGGGAAUGUGUGUUGGAGCACUGAAUAACUUGAAGUGCUUUUAUGGAUUAUAUGAAUACGUAUUUAUGUAUAGAAUUCAUUGUUUAAUCUGUACAAAGUGAACAACAAAUGAAGGACAAAUACACCUCCAGAGAUAAAACAACUUUAAAGUAUUUGCUUCAGAACGCCUAAGGUCACCAUUAUGUUUUAGGGUAUUCAAAGAUUGAUAAAAACAGUAAUAACUAUUAUUAUCUUAGAUUUCAAACCAUUUAUCAUCUGAAAGUCUUGCUUGGAACGUACAACAGUAAAUUUGAAUUCUUUUGUCCAGGAGAGACCUAAGAAACCUUCUUAAAGGACCUAGUUUCUUUACAAAGCUGUAAGGCAUGACUGCUUGCUUUCAAAGCAUCCCAGCUGUAUGACCUCUUGAGCUGUAUGUCCAAGCCUUAGUGGGUCUUGAAGCUUUAAGCAAAUUCCUUGAAAAAAAUCUUUAUAUUCCUAGCAUUUCAUAGCUGUUACAAGCUAAGCGGUUAGUAACGUAUACACAGGCAUUAUUUUACAAGGUCAGUAACGCUGUGUGAAAAGCAAAAUCGCAGCAUACCUACCAAGGUAAUUAAGGAUUCAAGAAAGGAAACAGACUUCGGAUUGGCUGAAGGACGUAUAAUGAUGAGUAGAGAAACAGGACAAGUAUUUGGCCCGUGUCUGAUAAAUGCUAUCUGUAAAGUGAGUGCAUCUGGUAAAGUUUUCUUAGAGCCUUGUUCUAAUGUUAAUGCGAAAUUAAAAUAAAAUUUUCCUUGGCAAAUAAAAA